AUGCUGCUCGGCGGCGGUGCAUCCUCGGGCCUUUGGGUGUAUGUGAUUGACACCAGCGAGGACGCCCGCUCCGAGGACCUGUCUCCCAACCGCGGCCGCUUCGCACUGAGCUGCGUGCGCGCCGUCAGCCGCGCCGCGCUCGCGCUGCCGCACGCGCCCGACGACGCAGCGGUGAUAUGCGCGGGGCGCGCCCCGCGCGUGCUGGUGCCGCCGGGCGCUGAAGAUGGCGGCCUGCUGUUCGCCGACCCCUGGCAGCACGGAUCUGCGACCGCAGGCGACUCGUUCGAGCUCCUGCCCGCACUGCGGCUCGCGCUGCUGCUGUGCCGCCAACGCGUCGGCACGGCGCAGCCGCUGCAGCAGCAGCAGCAGCGACAUCAGCAGCAGCAGCAGCAGCAGCAGCCCCGCCCACAACGGCAGUCGCCCGAGGCGGGGCGCGUCGUGGUGUUUGUGAACAGCGGCGUGCGCGUCCGCGACGCCGAAGCGGGAGCCGCGGUCGCCGCGUUCAAUGCCGUGGCCGGCACGGGCGGGUGCGACGGCGGCGUGAUCGGGCUGGACAUUGUGUUGUUAGGAGGUGCAAGUGAAGAGGUGGAUGCGGCAUCCAUGCGCUGCCUGCGGCACAUCGUGGACGCCCUCAACGGCUCCAGCACUGACAAAGGGCCCAGGGCGAGCAACCACAGCGGCGGCAGCGGCAGCAGCAGCAGCAGCAGCAGCACGUGUACCAGCGGAUGCAGCAGGAUCGGCAGCGCUCUUGGCAGCGCACCGGCAGAGGAUGCGCACAUCCCGUGUUGCAGCAACAGCUGCAGCAGUAGCAGCAGCAGCAGCAGCAGCGCCGGCGCGGGGGCGCCGCACGACGCGGCCGCCGCGACGCCCGUGCCGCGGCGGCGGCACUUGCAGCAGCCCCAGCACCAGAGGCCCCAGCGGCGGCGCCACGUGCGCGCUCGGCUGGUGGACUUUGGGACGGCGCCCCCGAGCCUGCUGAUGUGGCAGCAGGUGGAGCUGCUGAUGGAGUUGCUGGAGCUGCCGACUUAUGAGCAGCUGGGCGGAGGGGCUGAACCCGAGACGCCCGACCACCCCGGCCCGGCGCGCGCCCGCGGCCACGCCGGCCCCGCCGGCGGCGACGCGGCCGCGCGGCCAGCUGCAGCUGCGCCGCACCAGCUCGGUGGCCCCGCCGCUACAGGGGUGGCGCACCACCACCCCCACCCGUCCAGCGCCGCGCGGCUCGCGACGCGGCUGCGGCAGCGGCUGCUGGGUCCGUCGCUCUUCUCGUCGCGCGCGCUGCGGCCUUGCAGGUGCCGCCACGAGAGCCUGGACUCCCUGCACCACCUGUCCCACGACGGAUUCAUGCACUCGUGGCUCCCCUCAUAUGCCAACCCCGCCAAGGUGCGACCUGACAGCGUGAUAUGA